GGCUGGGGCAGCUGGAUCGUGUACCCCAAGAAGUACAACGCCUAUCGCUGCGAGGGGCUGUGCCCCUCGCCCGUGGAUGAGACAUUCAAACCCACCAACCACGCCUAUAUCCAGAGUCUGCUGCAGCUCUACAAGCCCAACCUGGUGCCGUGCCCCGCCUGCUCCCCGGUGAAGAUGAGCCCCCUCUCCAUGCUCUACUACGAGAGGGGCGAGGUUGUGGUCCGCCACCACGAGGACAUGAUCGUCGAGGAGUGUGGCUGCAACUGAGGCACCCCGUGCCCACCAGGAAGGUGCACAGAGGUGCCCCAAGGACCCAGGAGCACUGCACGGAGCAGCAGGGUGACCCUGAAGCUGGCACAGGAGCUGGGGAGGAGAAGGUGCCCGGCAGUUCUGCAAGCCCACAGUGCCUGGCUGGAUCCAGGCUCUACAUGGAAAGGCCACCAGGCACCUCCCUGAGGCUGCACCCAGUGUUUGCCAAGGGGCUGGAGGGUGCCCUGUGUGGGACAGAGGCAGGGCUGGGCACGGCUCCCUGCCAUGGCAUGGCUCAGGCAAUGCUGCUUUUCCCAGCCAUGGGAAUCACCAGGAGCCAGAGGUUCUCAGGAGCCUGCAGCUCCAGGGUCUGGCCAUGCUGAGUGUACACACCACUGGGGUGUUCAAUUUCCCCUGGGGUUUAAGCGUUUCUUCCAAUAAUUUUAUUAUAUUUCUAUUAAAACUCACAUUUCUAUGACAACUCAGACAAGUGAAUGUAUUUGCAAACGUCCAGAGCCCCAGCCGGCAGAUCCAGCCGGGCAGAUGUUACAAACAAAUAAACACAGCUCUGCUCGAGCCUUUUCCCCCUCAUUGGAAGGGCUGGUAGUGAAAAGGCCACAGCUGUACAAUUAAUCAAUAAAUUAUAUCUAUUAAAAAUGCC